AGAAGACAUGAAGAGAAAGAGAUACGAGAUGGAGAUUAAGAAGAAAAAGACAGAACUUCAAAUCGCCAUUGAAGAGCUCUCUCUCGUCAUAAUUACUAAACCUGCCGAUAACACUGAAACCACACAUAUACCCUUGAGGCCUCUUCUCUCCUUCUGCAACUUAAUCAUCCGAGUUCUUGAUAAGAUAGGACCGACAAUGGCUGUUCUUAGACAAGAUAUUGAUCAAAAUAUUCAGAGUUUAGAGAAGCUUUGGGAAACAGAUCCUUGUGUUUACUCCAAUUUGGUUGAGAUUCUGAAGAAAGAAAUGAAGGAGGGGACAUUCAAGAUGGUUGCUAGUUGUAGUAAAGCUCUUCUUUGGCUUACUCGGACUAUGGAUUUUACAGCGGGUUUAUUACGAUUGUUGUCGAAAGAGAUGUCGUCAAAAAUGGAAGAACUUGUAGAAGAAUGCUACAUGACGACUUUAAAACCGCAUCAUGGAUGGAUUGCGUCUGCUGCUUUCAAAGUGUGUUUGAAGCUAGUGCCUGACAAUAAGACUUUCAUGGACGCGAUCGGUGCAAGAGACGAGAGCUAUGAGACCCUUAGAGAAGACAUUGAUACCUUAAGCUCAUUGUUGACACCUAUUCUCAAAGAAAUCUACUUUGUUCUGGAACAGUACGGAUUGAACAGAUUAAAAUCGAUGUAA